GGGCUGGUGGUGACGACGCAACGCAAUGGAAAGGACUUUUUAUCAUUAUCAAAUUUAGUUUACUUUUCGUUGUCGUUCGGCUGGUCGUCUCUGUGAACGUCCCGUGCGUUAUUUUAUUUACGUCGUCGUUGUCAGAUCAGUUAUGGCGGGACCACGACUCUGACGUUGUGAGGCUCUUUCCCAUGGAUCUCAACCAAAGAUUAUUUGUGCCAAAAUAACAUUGAACACCUUAAUAAUGUUUUAUAUGAACCUAUGAAAUAACUAAACAAAUCAUGGAGCUCCAAAACUGUUUACCUUCUAUGAAAAAUGAUUACAAAAUAAAUGAAAUGAAUGACCAACAAGAAAUCCUAAACAAUGUACAAGGAUGGAACUCAAUACCGUCACAUGAUAUUAUGAUACCAGUUCCAAUAAAAAUUCAACCUUCACUUGGUAUUUUGGACCAAAAUAACAUCCAAAUAAAUAAUUCUAGUCCACAUCCAAGCGUCAUACACACAAGCCCACAGACACCACAUGGCUUGCCAAUAAAUACAUAUAUUGAACCUGAAUUACCACUAGAGCUGUUACAACAAGGAUGGAAAAAAUUUUGGAGUAAACGUGAAAAUCGACCUUAUUUUUGGAAUAAGUUGACUGGUGAAUCUCUUUGGGAGUUUCCACCUUUGAGACAGUUUGACGUUACAUCAGAUCCUCUGGGGAUAACCAGUGAUGGUCAACAUAAUGGAGCAAAUCCAAUGUUAUUGAAAAAAAGACCUGCAGAAGAAAUAGUCUUAGGCCCUGCAACAAAAAAAAUGAUACUAACUGGUCCUUGGGAACUUGAAAUACCUACAAAUGUUGUUAUAUUUGAGCGAUCACCAUCUAUGAUGUCUCAGCCACAUCCAGAUAUUGAGUUUUAUCGUGGACAUUUGGUAGCAAAAUUAAGACAGUGUUAUCAGGAAUUGUGUCAGUCCCGAGAAAAUAUCAAUGCACCAAAAGAAUCUUUCAACCGUUGGCUUAUUGAGAGAAAAGUAGUUGAUACUGGUACUGAUCCGUUAUUACCUUCACAAUGUUAUCCAGAAGUGUCUUUAAGAAUGUAUAACGAAAUAAUGAAUGAUAUACCAUUGAGAUUGGCAAAACCUAAGUAUACUGCAGAUGCUCGGAAACAACUGUCCAUAUAUGCUGAAGCAGCAAAAAAUCUCAUUGAGUCUAGAAACACACUACAAGAGAGUAGAAAAGUUGUAAAAUGGAACACUGAAGAUACAUUGCAGUGGUUAAGAAAAACAGUGGGUGCUACAUAUGUUGAUUUUCAAGAACGAUUAAACCAUCUUAAGAUGCAAUGUCAACCACAUAUAGCCCAAACUGUCAAAGAUUCUGUGGAAGGCAUUUGCUCGAAGGUAUAUCAUUUAUCUGUUGAAUAUGCUCGUAAAGUCAAAGAAAAAAAUAGUGAGCUUUUGAUUGCUCAAGGAAUUACAGAAAUAGUGCCAGCUCCUGCAGUAUUAACACUUCAUAAGGUGUGGUGUUAUCCUGUACAGUUUGUCACACCUUCUCCGCGUCUUCCUCCUGUUGAAUAUAUGGCUGACAAAGAACAGACUUAUGUUCGGUUCAAUGGAGAAAGAUUACUUAUCAAUACUGUGUAUCUCCAAAAGUUGGAACAAUUGUAUCGCUACAGCUGCUAUGAAGACAAAAAAAUGGAAAAUUUCAUGGCCAGAGUUUGGUGUUUGUUGAAAAGGUACAAUGUCUUCUGCUCUAACAGUCCUGAUACACAAGUUUCAGUGCCAGUGCCUAUCUUAGAAUCUCUGCACAGAAAUUUUGGUGUAACAUUUGAGUGUUUUGCAUCACCUCUGAAUUGCUAUUUCCGUCAGUAUUGCUCAGCGUUUCCAGACACCGACGCCUAUUUUGGAUCCCGAGGAUCUAUUUUGGAUUUAAACGCAGUAAGUGGGUCAUUUGUGGUAAAUCCUCCUAUACACUGUGAUGAUCUAAUCGAAGCUGCUUUAAAUCAUAUUGAUCGAUUGUUAUCUGAAUCAAGCGAACCUCUAUCUUUCAUCAUAUUUUUGGCUGAUGGUGAAACAACAUUCGUCCAAAAAUUAGACUCUAGUCAGUUCAAAAGACGUCAAGUGGUUAUACCAGCAUAUGAACAUUAUUAUAGACAUGGUUUCCAGUACAGUGUACCAAAGACAGAUGUAAACAUUCGUUCUCCCACAAGCACAUUAGUGGUAUGGCUUCAAAAUAAUGCUGGGUGUCAGCGAUGGAGCCCUAGCGAAGACAGAGUCGAAGCUUUGUUGGAAGCAUUCCGCCCAGGCCGUGAACGUGAUCGUGACCGCCAGGAACUGCUUUCACCAACACCAAACCCUCUGUUAGGCCCACCACCACUUCCUGUUUAGAGUUAAAUAUUGUAUACAUUAGUUGUAACUAUAUAUAUAUAUAUUUUUGUUUAUGUAUGUGUAUGUGUUUAUACGCACACAUACAUAAUAGGCAAUUAUGGUGUCUAGUUAUAUUUAAAUUUAUAUUUUUAUGUUCAUUAUAUACUAGUGUAUA